GUAAAAAUUUGACGUUUCCUUAAAAAACAAAAUGCCGAUGCGUCUUGGUGACCGUGCGAGUUGCUCGGUUUGGUCUUUUUAUGGAUUAUCGGAUUCACUGUUUGAAGAUUAAACACUUGCAGGGAAGAAAGAGAAAAUGUCUUCCGCUGAUUAAACGUUUUGCAAAGAAAAGUGAAAACGAUAAUAAAAAAGGAACAAAAAUAUGUCGGGUGGCGAAAGAAAAAAACGUGGAGAUCGAGGCCAUGGAUGGGAGGAAGCUGGUGCUGAAUUUUAUCAAGAAAGUUAUCCUGCAGCCGUAGAAGCUGAUUUGCAACAAGCUUUGCAAAGAGAUCCUUCGCACAUAGCCACUUUACUGCCUAGUAAAAAAUCUCGAGUUGCUACUGCAAAACGAGUUCGACAUGAGCCUCGAACUACUCUCAGAAGACGAACAAGUACUCGUUCUCGAUGUGCAAGCACGGCGAGAAGAAUGUCUACAAAUAUUCAUGAUGCUCAAGUUUCAAUGCUUCCCGAUUUGUCAGAAAAUCUUUCCAACGAGGAACGAACCUGGGAAGAAAUCAUGCAAAUCAAAGCGAUGCCAGUCUGCAUGGCUCAAAAAAUUCAGCUCAAAAACCAAUUGCAGAGCGCUACGAAGCUAAGACUACAGGGUUUCGACCAGCUAAAAUGGCAACGUAGGAAAGCCUGGCAGCAGUUUCGAAGUCGAAUGAAAGAAACCUACUCAAAACUCUCCCUCUGGAACAGCAGUUUAAAAAAAAUUGGUGGAAAUUUCGGAAUGGGUAUUGUAGCCUACUUUCUCUUUAUCAAAUGGCUCCUCUUUCUCAACCUUUGCUUGUUCUUAAUCAUCUUCAUAUUCCUUAUUCUACCAACAAUUCUUCUGGAGCCUCCUCAAUCUGAAAUGUGCUCCCAAAACAACACAAACAUCACCAACAGUGUAGACUGCUGCAGCGAACUCUACCUAAACGCAUCCAAGGAAUCAUCAGCAUUAACGGAUUUCAUGCAAGGUAGCAGCUUUCUAGAACACACUCUAUUAUUCUACGGAUCAUACGGCCACAAAUCAUACGGAAGCCUCGAAUCUGGCAUUUUCUACGAUUUACCUCUCGCCUAUAUCUGUGUCAUGAUGUCAGUUUUCCUUAUAAGUUUGGUCGCAAUCGUCAGAUCAUCGGCGAGAGAAUUCAGGGAAAGAGUGGUCGAAGGCGAGGGCCAAUUUUACCAGUAUUGUAACUUAAUUUUCGGCGGCUGGGACUAUUGUAUAAACAACGAAAAGGCAGCAGGAAUAAAACACAAGGCUCUUUUCAACGAGAUGAAGGUUCUUUUGGCAUCAGAGAGACUCGAAGAAGAAAGACAGAAUAGAACAAGAGAAGAGAAAGUGAAACUCGGCUUUGUUCGACUUUUCAUCAAUUCCAUAGUCUUAUUAGUCCUUGGCUGCUGUGGUGUUUUUAUCUACUACAUCAUCGAUCUUUCCUUCAGCCAGGUCAGCUCGAAAUUCAAUCAGAAGUACGACAUGAGGAACAUAUCUUUAAACACUCUCAGUCAGAUCCUAUUCGAAUUCUUGCCCUACAUUUGCAUCGUCGGACUCAACAUAGUCGUCCCAUUUCUAUUUCGAUAUCUUGUCACUCUAGAAAAUUACAGUCCCUUAUUUGUAGUCCGAGUCACUCUUUUCCGUACAAUUUUUCUCAGACUUGCUUCUCUCGCCGUUUUGCUCACGAGUUUUUACAAAAUGAUUGUAGGCCAAGUUCCCGAAAACGAUUGCACGGACGAAACUAACAAUCGACCAUUGUGUUGGGAAACUUUCGUGGGACAGCAGUUUUUAAAACUUUAUCUCACAGAUUUCAUCACCCAGGUCUUCCUCACUCUUUUUAUUAAUUUCCCGAGGUCGUUGUUAGCACGUCAUUCGGAGAGAAAGGUUAUCAGAUUCAUUGGAGAACAGCAAUUUGAUUUGCCGAAACAGGUUUUGGAUGUUGUUUAUUCCCAGACGAUUUGCUGGCUUGGGUCCUUUUUCGUACCACUUCUUCCACUUGUGGCUGCGAUUGGAUCCUUUUUUGUAUUCUAUGUAAAAAAGUUUUCGUGUCUGGUUAACAGCACUCCAUCGAGUCAGGUUUAUAGAACGAGCCGGUCCAAAUCUUUGUUUAUGUUCGUUCUCCUUGUGACUUAUGUUUUAGCGAUUGUUCCGGUUGGAUAUUACGUUGUGUGGUUAACUCCUUCGAAAGCUUGUGGGCCUUUCAGAGGAAUGGGGAAUGUGUGGUCGUUGAUGGUAGUUACAUUUUCGCAGUUCCCGAACUGGGUUCAGUCGAUUUUUUCGUUUGUGGGAACUGCGGGCUUCGGUGUGCCAGCUUUUGUUAUUUUAGCGUUACUUGUUUAUUAUUAUUUUGCUGUGGCCACGGCGAACAAACAUAUGGUGACUGUUCUUAAAAAUCAGCUGGUAUUGGAGGGACAUGAUAAACAGUUUUUGCUGAAUAGGCUUAGUGCUUUUAUUAAGCAACAGCAGGAACAAUCGAAAUACCAUCAAGGAGCUGAUUUGGGAACUUUUACGUAGACGUAGAAGUUAAAUUAAAUUUUGAGAAUUUUUAAUUCGUAUCUUUAAAAGCUUUCAAAAAGUUGUAAAGAUCUGAACUGGAAAGCUUUCAAUAGUUAAAUGAAAAGUUUGUGGUAACAAUUUUUCGAAAUUAUAUUAAUCACAUUUUGAUUUUAUGAAUUUCGAAAAGGUAACACGAAUCGUUAGUAUCGUAGUUUUAUUUACACAAACAGGGUAUAUGAUUCGUCGAUAAUUUUAUAUUUACUCUAGUCACUUCUUGGGGUUUAUUCAAAGUGUUGCAGUCUGAUUAUAUAGAUAUAAUUAUUAUUAAUUUACAAUUUUAUAGGACGUUUCAUGAGAUCUGCCAUUUAUUACAUUUUGAUAUCCAAAUAAGCCUUUGAGAAACUUAAUAUUAAUACUAAAGUUCAUACAAUUCAUUUUACUCCACCUACGCUCAUUACUCUUUUUAUCACUAGAUUAUGAAUAAAUUUUUACUUUAUUUAAAAGUUGAAUUAUAGGAAUUAGGAGUCGUCCAUAUAUUGCCUAGCGCUUUUUUGGACGAUUUUGGCAAAAAGUUUUACCAAUUUUUUAUAUGUACAGCUUUCCAUACGAAAUAAUAACAAAAAAUCUUUUUUUUUAAUAAUUUUUUAUCAGGUUACAAUUUUAUUUUGAAUAUAAGAAAAAAAUAUUACAUUUUUUGGAUUUAGUUAAUGGAACACUUGC